AUGAGUCAAGACGUAGCCGCCCAGAACCUGGCUACGCCCAAGACACCCAUCAUUCUGAUCAAGCCUGGAACAGGAGAGACGCUGAAGCUGGGGCCGAUCACUUGCCGUAUAAUAGAAGACGGCUCCAAUACAGAUCACCGCAUCGGUACCGCCGAGUUUAUUGUUCCUCCAAACACGACGGGCCACCCGCCGCACUGGCAUCAGAUGCACGACGAGAUCUUCCUGGUCACGACGGGCACUGUUCAAUUUCGAGGUGCGAACGGCAUCGUCGACGCGAGACCCGGCGACUGCGUCGUGGUUCCCAUUGGCGCGCCUCACACGUUUUCCAACAUUGGUCAGGAGGAGGCCAGGUUUGUCAACACGUUCAACCCUUCAUAUUACAUCAACUAUUUCAGGCUGCUGGCGGCGAUGUAUGCGGACAAGCCGGAUCUCGACGAAGAGACUGUGUUGGAGACCAUGCACCCAUUCGGGACAUUGGUGGCUCACGGCCUUUGA